AUGCAACUCCGACCCUCCGUCAAAUCAGCGUUCCGAAAACUCACCGGCGCAGGCCGUCAUCGCCAGCCCUCUUACGACUCCUCCUCCGAAGAUUCCGACUACGACUAUCCGCGUGACGGCCACCGCCUUUACGACCAACGUCAGCAAGCGCCAAAUUACCAAGAGCAGCAGGAGAUGAGUUAUCAAAGGCAGCAAGCUACCAACUAUUCACGGCAACCAACGGACUAUCGGCACCAGCAAGAUAUGGACUACCAGCGGCAUCAGCAAGCGCCAAACUAUCAACGACAGCGCCAGGAUCAAGUGCGCAUGUUCGCGACGAGCGGGCCGCUAGACGACGAGUACGAUCGAGAUGUGUCGCCGUGUGUUGUGGCUGGAGAGAAGGAACAGGGCAAAGGAAUGAAGAUGGCGGGGGCGUGGGUGGAUUAA